AGGAAUUGUAGGCUGAUUUAUAGGAUAAACAGACCAGGGUACAAUGCCUGUGGCUAAACAAGUCAUACCAGAGUAAGAAAAGAAGUUAUCUUGGAAGAAAAAGAAAAAGAGAAGAUUGUUUAUGUGACUGAUGUGCCACAAUGGAAGGUGACAUGGAAGCAGAAGCGGUUGAAGCUAUUGGUGAAGAAUCUGAAACUUUCAUUAAAGGCAAAGAACGGAAGACCUAUCAGAGACGUCGGGAAGGUGGGCAGGAGGAGGAUGCUUGCCCGAUGCCACCAAACCAAGCAGAUGGGACUGAAGUAGUACAGGAUGUCAACACUGGUGUUCAGAUGGUCAUGAUGGAGCAGCUUGAUCCAACGCUGCUUCAAAUGAAGACAGAAGUCAUGGAAGGUGCAGUGCCACAAGAAGCUGAAGCCACUGUGGAUGACACGCAAAUAAUAACCCUGCAGGUUGUGAACAUGGAAGAACAGCCCAUCAACCUGGGCGAACUCCAGCUUGUCCAAGUGCCCGUCCCAGUAUCUGUACCUGUUGCUACCACUUCUGUAGAAGAACUUCAGGGGGCCUAUGAAAAUGAGGUCUCUAAGGGUGGCCUCCAGGAGGGGGAGCCCAUGAUCUGUCACACGCUUCCUUUGCCAGAAGGCUUCCAGGUAGUAAAGGUUGGGGCAAAUGGUGAGGUGGAGACAUUGGAGCAAGGGGAACUUCAGCCUCAGGAGGAUCCUAACUGGCAGAAAGACCCAGACUAUCAACCCCCCACCAAAAAGACAAAGAAAACCAAAAAAAGCAAACUCCGUUACACUGAGGAGGGAAAAGAUGUGGAUGUGUCUGUAUAUGAUUUUGAAGAGGAGCAACAGGAGGGCUUGCUUUCAGAUGUCAAUGCGGAGAAGGUGGUGGGCAAUAUGAAACCCCCCAAGCCAACAAAAAUUAAAAAGAAAGGGGUGAAGAAGACAUUCCAGUGUGAACUGUGCAGUUACACCUGCCCACGGCGCUCAAACCUGGAUCGUCACAUGAAAAGCCACACAGAUGAGAGGCCACACAAGUGUCACCUUUGUGGUAGAGCCUUCCGGACAGUCACACUGCUGAGAAAUCACCUCAAUACUCACACAGGUACUCGUCCUCACAAGUGCCCUGACUGCGACAUGGCCUUUGUGACAAGUGGAGAGUUGGUUCGGCAUCGCCGCUAUAAACAUACCCAUGAGAAGCCAUUCAAGUGUUCCAUGUGUGACUAUGCCAGUGUGGAGGUUAGUAAAUUGAAACGCCACAUUCGUUCUCAUACUGGGGAACGUCCAUUCCAGUGCAGCUUGUGCAGCUAUGCCAGCAGAGACACUUAUAAACUGAAGAGGCACAUGAGGACCCAUUCUGGUGAGAAGCCCUACGAGUGUUACAUUUGCCAUGCUCGCUUCACCCAGAGCGGGACAAUGAAGAUGCACAUCCUGCAGAAGCACACGGAGAAUGUGGCCAAGUUCCAUUGCCCCCACUGUGACACGGUGAUUGCACGAAAGAGCGACUUAGGUGUCCAUUUGCGGAAGCAGCAUUCCUACAUUGAGCAGGGCAAGAAGUGCCGCUACUGUGACGCCGUGUUCCAUGAGCGAUAUGCGCUCAUCCAGCACCAGAAGUCUCAUAAGAAUGAGAAGCGCUUCAAAUGUGACCAGUGCGACUAUGCGUGCCGACAGGAACGGCACAUGAUCAUGCACAAGCGAACCCACACUGGAGAAAAGCCUUAUGCCUGUAGUCAUUGCGACAAAACCUUCCGCCAGAAGCAGCUGCUGGACAUGCACUUCAAGCGCUACCACGAUCCAAACUUUGUCCCAGCCGCCUUUGUAUGCUCUAAGUGUGGCAAAACGUUCACACGCCGUAACACAAUGGCCAGACAUGCAGAUAACUGUUUAGGCCCUGAUGGGGUGGAAGGAGAGAAUGGAGGGGAACCCAAAAAGGGGAAACGUGGGCGGAAGAGAAAGAUGCGCUCCAAGAAAGAGGACUCUUCUGACAGCGAGGAAAAUGCUGAACCAGAGUUGGAUGAGAAUGAGGAGGAAGAAGAAACAGCGGUUGAAGUUGAGGCUGAACCGGAAGUGGAACCUGUGGUCCCAACUCCUCCACCAGUCAAGAAGCGAAGAGGACGUCCACCAGGCAAAGCCAAUCAACCCAAACAGCCCCAGCCUACAGCAAUCAUUCAGGUGAAAGACCAGAGCACUGGUGCAAUUGAAAACAUUAUUGUGGAAGUCAAGAAGAAGCCUGAAGCAGAGACUGUAGGGGCCACUACAGGAACUCCACCAGCAGCAGUGGAAGCACCCAAUGGAGACCUUACCCCAGAGAUGAUUCUUAGCAUGAUGGACCGGUGAUGGAGGAAGGAAGGGUUAUGCUCCAACUGAACUGGCCUGGGCUCUUUUGAAGUGGCUCAAUCCCUUCUAUUUUAUUUUAUUUUCCUUUUUACCUUACUUUUGGCUUUGGGAAAUGCAUCAUUUUUAGACCAUUUUACCAAACAACCUGGGAAACAAAACUUCAAAUGAUGUUAGGAUGUGAUUUGCCUAGAACAUUUCUCUUCUCUUCUCUUCUCUUCUCUUCUCUUCUCUUCUCUUCUCUUCUCUUCGUUUAAUGUUAGCCUAACUGGAUCAUGGAACAUGGGGUGAUUUUUAUUUUUUAUUUUUUGCUGGUUGGUUUUUGAGUCCCCUAGGGGUGUCUGGCAAGUUACUCAAUCCAGUUAGCUGUUAGUGCCAGGCGACCAUUGGCCUUCACACUCUGGAGCCCACCCAGACUGCUCUGGAGCUGUUUAUGCGUUUCUUGAAGCCCCCUGGCCUCAUUUUUUUCCCCUCUGUCUAGAGAUUUUUAAUUGUAAAUUCAGACUCAGGAGGGUUGUAAAAGUUAUAUUGCAUUUUAGUUUUGCUUUUUCUUACCCUGCCCCAGCUCCACAUCAACUCUGUAGGUUCAGCAUGCUCCACCCAGUCUCCCCCAGAUGCUUUGCUACCUGCAGGGCAUCUUUGUAAUGAUCAAGCUUGUAAAUAACUUUUUUUUUUUUUUUUUACAUUUUAAUCUUUUUCCGUUUAAGAGGUUUUGGGGUGGGAUGGGGAUUAUAGUUUAAAAGGAAAACCCUGUCAUUUUUAACCAUUGCAACUAGAAAUUAUGCAGGAAUUGGUACAGGAUAAAAUACUGGAACCUAUCAAGUGAGUGAGAGAGUGCUACCUGAAUUAAAGAUGGUAGAAAUCCACACCCCAGCUCAGUUUCUAAACACAUGAACUUGGUCUCAAGGCGUGUCACUUAAAACACCCUUUUGAGCUUCAAGUUGCCAUAACUUUUCUUUGUGCGCGCGCGCUCUCUCUCUUUUUAUUUGGUGUGUGUGUGUUUAUGAAUUCUGUGUUAAAAGCCGAGGUGUUAAUUUGUUAUAGGGCUUCCCAGCCCACGAAACCUAGGGCAGGAAAUUUUACUAGGUCAGUGAUCAUAAAAUUUGGGGUUUAAUUAAAAAUAAAAUUUAAAAAAAGAAUAAUGUGAAAUUAAAAAGGAUGCCUGUAUAUCAAACCAUCACAUGUUAAAAUGCAUAAGCUUUUUAUAGAGCCUCAGUCUUGCUGAUUUCCAGAAGAACGUUUGUUCUAUGUAUCGCUUUUAAGAGAGCUAUCAGGUUAGCUAUCCAAUUCUAGGUUGAUGCAUUUUUGUACUUAGCUGUACUGUGUGAUAUUUUUCAUUAUUUUAGGAAACCAACAUAAAAUAAGACAUCAUAAAAUGCAUAAUGGGGUUUGGACUCUGGGAAGGAGAAUAUACUGCUGUACAGCUAAUAAAUAAUAAUGAUUAUC